GUUCUGAUGCAUCUACGUACGCUAUCCGCCACUCGAUCUUAUCCAUCACAAGAUGCCAAGCUCUGAUCGUAUGACCGGUGCUAUAAAGCUCAGGCUUGUCCUGCUCCUCGUCGUCGUCGGAGCAGCAGCCAUCUCCGUCGCCGCCGCGGCGGCGGCGGACGUCGACUCCUUCAGCUACCCGGUCUUCGACGCCACCACGACGCAGGACCUCGUGGCGGGAAGCAACACCUCCAUCCUCACGCCGGCGUCCCUCCUCUUCAACCAGGACGCCCUCUUCGCCGAGUUCAACCGCACCGAGGGCUUCCUGCUGCUCUCGCGCACCGUCGACGUCUGGCGCGUCGGCACCGGCGGUGCCCCCGCCUUCGAGGCCUCCUUCAACACCAGCUUCGCUCUCAGCGGCGGCGCACCGGUGGCGUUCGUCGUCCUCAGGGACAGCUACCCGACGCUGUACGGCACGGGCGGGCUCCGCGGCUUCGCCAACUACAGCGCGUCCGACGCCGACGAUGGCGCCACCUCCCGCAACGCUUCCGGCAGCCUCGUGUCCGUCGAGGCCGGACCGGUGAGGUCGUAUGGACCGGACAGCCCGGCCGUCGGCCUCAACGUCACCGUCACGCCCAACGAUGCACGCGUUGCCGUGUGGAUCGAGUAUGACGCCGGCGUGCACCGGCUGUCCGUGUACGUCGCCGGCGCUGGCGAGGCGAGGCCGGCCACGGCGCUCCUCGACGCGCCGCUCGGCCUCGCUGGAGAGCGCACCACCGAGAAAGCGAUGGUCGGAUUCUUCGCUGGCGCCGUCCAAGACAUUCUCGUCGGCGUACGUGACUGGAACCUGACGGUGGACAGGUUCUUCGACAGUUCCGGCGGGGGUGAUGGAUGGAAAAAGGGCACCUCGUCGUGGGUGAUACUGCUCGCCGUGCUCGGGUCAGUGGCAGCCAUGGCCUGACCGCCGUCGGCGUCAUCGUCGCCGCGCCGGCCGGUGUGCGACUUUGUCGAUCUUUGUCCAGUCAAGGGCUCAAGGCGGUGUCGGCACGACAACAACAACACGGAGCCCAUGAUAGAGCCUCUCAUUUAUUGCCACGUAUAAGUCACAAAAAAAAUAUUGCCACGUAUAUAUGCAUGCCGUUUAAGUGUGAACAAGUUUGAUUCUAUCGAAUCAAAAUAUCUAUUCCUUGAUUAUCUAUGCAUGAUUUAAUAAAACUUAUUGACCAGGGUUGUUUAUUUA